CGACCAGAGGGGUGGGGGUGGGGCAUUCUGUGUGGCACAGUUGAGAAGGCAUGGAGGUUUUGUUUCCACUCUCAAGGUAGGGUCUUGCAUUUUAGAGUUUGCAGUCCUUCAUGAUUAUAUCAGCCUAUGAUGUCGGAAGGACUUUAGCCAAGGUGCACUGAAGCUGAUGCUGUGGAAAGAAGUCACAGAGAAAGGACACUAUCUGAAGGAUAACAGAUCAGAAAGACUGGAAAGGACACAGCCAGAGGCUGUGCCUCUCACAGGUAGACAGUAGCCACCCUUUAUGCAGCCAGAAGAGAUCUGGAGCUAAUGCCUGUGACUGAGGGUCUGUGUGUCAGGGAGAGCUGCUGCUGAUGGACGCAGGCCACCCACCAUCAGCUGAUUCACAAUGGCCAUAUCCAUGGCAGCUUCUUUGAGACACUCUGCCUCCUUGUCUUCUCUGCAGAAAUACCAAGUGGUUACCUACGAGGCUGGCCAAGUGUUUCAGACUUGGGCUCCCCACGUGAAGGACUUGAGGCGGGCACUGGUAGCACCAGGACCUCUGUGUGUCAGGUUAGGGGUUUUGUUGCUGUUGGUACUGAUUUUCUUGCCAAGCUUGUACUGUGACCCUGGAUCUGUAUAUUACUCUUCUUAUGAAACAGUCAUCCCCAAGAGUCUGACAGCCAAGGGAAGGGAAGACCCAGGGGAAAAGGCAUCCUAUGUACUAUUAAUGCAGGGCCAGAAACAGGUGAUUCACCUGAAGGUGAAGAGAGACUAUUUUGUGAGUAACUUUCCAGUCUUCAGCUACCACAAUGGUGUCCUGGGGCAAGAAAUGCCUUUCAUCUCGCAUGACUGUCACUAUGAAGGCUACAUAGAAGGAGUCCCAGGUUCUUUUGUUUCUCUCAACACCUGUUCGGGCCUCAGGGGCAUCCUGAUUAGGGAGGGAAAACCCUAUGGCAUUGAGCCCAUGGACACUUCAAAACGGUUUGAACAUGUGCUGUACACCAUGGCACACCAAGCUCGAGUCUCCUGUAAUGUCACUUCCAAAGGCAGCCAAGUGGUGUCCACCAGCCGGCAACAAGGGAGCAGGGAGCCUCGCAGUCUACAGGCACCGUCCUCCUUUUGGUCACACACCAAGUACGUGGAGAUGUUUGUCGUGGUCAACCACCAGCGGUUCCAAAUGUGGGGCAGUAACGUCAAUGAGACAGUCCAGAGAGUAAUGGACAUCACCGCUCUGGCCAACAUCUUCACUAGGGGAAUAAACACAGAGGUGGUGUUGGCUGGAAUGGAGAUCUGGACCGAGGGGGACCUCAUAGAAGUCCCAGCGGACUUGCGAGUUACACUCAGGAAUUUCAAUAGCUGGAGACAGGAGAAGCUGUUCCAUCGUGUGGAGCACGAUGUUGCCCACAUGAUCGUUGGACAUCAUCCUGAAGGGGAUGCGGGGCAGGCAUUUCUCAAUGGUGCCUGUUCGGGAGGCUUUGCAACAGCCGUUGAAUCCUUCCAUCAUGAAGAUGUCCUCCUGUUUGCAGCGCUCAUGGUCCAUGAGCUCGGGCACAACUUGGGUAUUCAGCACGACCACUCAGCCUGCAUUUGUAAAGAUAAACACUUUUGCCUCAUGCAUGAAAAUAUCACUAAGGAAAGUGGCUUCAGCAACUGCAGCUCUGACUACUUCUACAAGUUCCUCCGGGAGCAUAAAGGGGCCUGCCUAUUUAACAAGCCUCGGCCCAAAGGUCGCCUGCGUAGGCAAGCCACGUGUGGAAAUGGUGUGUUGGAGGAGGAUGAACAAUGUGAUUGUGGACCUGACUGUGGUAAUAACCUUUGCUGUGACCAAACAUGUCACCUGAAGCCAAAAGCAAAGUGUAGUCAUGGACCUUGCUGUAAAGAUACAUGUGAUUAUGCAGAACAGGGACUGAUGUGUCGCUCUGCUUUGGGAGAGUGUGACCUUCCAGAGUAUUGUGAUGGUAUCUCUGACAGAUGCCCCACUAACACAUACAAGCAAGAUGGUACAUCUUGUCAAAGAGUUCACUAUUGUGUUCAGGGUCAGUGUAAGACUCUCGAUUUUCAAUGUGUAAGUGUUUUUGGGUACCCUGCAAGGUCUGCCCCAGAAGACUGUUACAUUUCCAUGAACACUAAAGGGGAUCGGUUUGGAAACUGUGGCCUUCCCACUUCAGAAAGCCAACAAUAUGUUAAGUGCACAGAUGAAAACAUAUAUUGUGGGAAAGUUAUAUGUACAAAUAUUAAAAAUAUGCCAGAUAUCAAACCCAUGCAUACAAUGGUCCAGAUUCCUUAUAGAGAUGACUGGUGUUGGAGCAUGGAUGUUUAUAAUGUUACCGAUAUCCCUGAUGAUGGUUAUGUGGAAAUUGGCACUCUUUGUGCCCCAGAAAAAAUUUGUUAUAAUUUCUCCUGUGUUGAUUAUGCUGUGCUCAACUAUGACUGUGAACCAAAAGAAAUGUGUAAUGGGAGAGGAGUUUGCAACAAUUUAAAGCACUGCCAUUGUGAGGCUGGCUAUGCCCCACCUAACUGCAAAACUAUAGGAACUGGGGGUAGUGUGGACAGUGGCUCUCCUGCUGCAGUAAAGGGACCUGAAACCACUACCAUUGUUGAAAAACGUGAGGAUGGUUUCUUAGACCAAAUUAUCAUAUCAUCUUUGGUAUUUUCCUUCCUAAUAUUAUUAGUCGUAAUUAUUUGUAUCAUUAUCAUUUGUAAACGUGCAAGAGGAGCUCCUCCAGAGCCCACAGAAAAGGGUCCAGCUGAGGCUGCAGUAAAGCCCCCAGAAGCAGAGCCUGAAAUGGCUGCUCCAGAAGAGGUAGUGGAAGAGGAAAGGCAAGAAGAGGAAGAAGAGGAAGAGGAAGAGGAAGAAGAAGAAGAGGAAGAGGAAGAGGAAGAGGAGGAAGAAUCCGAGCCAUAAGAGAAGUAGUGGGAGAAAGAAGCCAAAUAUGUCAGACAUCUCAAGCACUGAAUGGGAAUGAGAGGCUCAGGGAAGUAAAGAUGAAGUGGGAAUGACAGCUCCAGUGGCUCUGACUAGAAAUACAGUCUAUAAAAAUAUACUAAUGUAGGAGGAGGGAUUCACCACUCACUUUUUUUUAAACUCAUUUUAGUAUGUAAGGUUUUAUUUAUUUAAUAUAUUAAAUAUUCUACUACUUUUUACUUUUCCACAUUUCAUUUGAACUCUUCGCAUGCAUCUGUAUACAACAUCAGUAUCUUUGUCUCGGGCCAAUUUUUCCAUUCACCAGAAACUCCUUUAGUACAUACCAUCUUUCGUCUAAGUUGUUUGACAUAUACUACCAUAUUUACCUGCAUUUAUUACUUUCACUAUAUAAGUAACCAGUACCUAUUAUGAGGACAGCUGUUUAUGUGAUCAUUUAAAUUUGCCUUAUAAAUGUAUAUUCAUGAAAUGAGCGUUUAAAUCCAAAAAUAAAUAAAACCCUAUUCUGAUUAUUUAUCUCUUCA